AUGAAUGGCAAAGCAUUGAUGGAUACUCCAUGGGCAGGAGGGGCGAGCGUAUUUGGCAUAGGCUUGUGUCCCCGUUCGGGGAAUUUUCUUGUGUCUGUACUCCUAAGAGCUCGUGAGAGUAACAAAGGUCAGAGACAUGACAGGUUUGUUUCUGGCUUCACCGCGAUAGAUCAUAUGAGGGGGAAAUACACCGGACUGACUUCUGGAAGUGCCAUCGAACUCUCAUCGGAAACUUACCACUGA